UAUUAGGUUGAAAAUACUAUCCUCCUUCACAUGCACUUUCUCUAUGCUCUAACUUCUAAGUAAGAACUAACGUCUUCUGUUCUUUUCACCCAGCAAGUAAAAACUGCCCUCUCUCUCAUUAUAAGCUCUUUGUCUGCAAACAUAACACUCUCUCUCUCUUUCUCUCUCGAUUAUAAUCUCUCUGUACAUAAACAUAAAGAUAAAGAUAAUUAUAAUCUGCAGAGUUGCCAUAACUAUAUUGGUCCUAUGGCUGAUGCAACAAAACAUCCACCAAUAAUCUCAGACCUUAAAUCUCUCUUUACUUUACCAAAGAAAAGCACUGUUGUGGUCUUUGCUUAUGGCUUCAUGUUUGCCUUCAUCCUCUUCACUGUUUUCUUAGCCUUUAAUAACCCUUAUCCUGAAUCUUCAUCUCCUUGGUUCUCAAACAUUUUUAAUAGCAUCUCAAGUACUUCAACAACUAACACUUCUGUUUCUACCAAUGGAUCUCAGUUUUCUUCUGUUUUUUCUUACUUUUCCCCAAGUUCUACUCCAACAAAUCUUGAUGGAUCUCAAAACAGUAGCCCUGAAUUGCACAAUUUUCAAAACAAGACUCAAAAUCAAGAUGUGGGUAAGGAUAAAGUUGGAAACUUUAGCCCAAACAAGACCAUGACUGAAUCUCCAAAGCCUCAAAAUCAAGACUUGGGUGGUGAUAAAGGUGGGAUCUUUAGCCCAAAUAAGACUCAAAACCAAGACUUGGGUGGUAAAGAUGGAGACUUUAAGGCCAACCAGACUGAAAGCUCUGCUCCAAAAAUUGUUUCAGGAGGGCAAAAUUUUAGUGGGAGUGGAGAUAAGAGGAUUGCAGAAACUGGUACAGUUACAGAUUUAAAUUCUUCUUUGCCUAAGAAGCAAGAGAAUGGAGCAAUUUCCGGGGUGUCGGUGAAGAAGGAAAGUGAGGAAUUGGUUGAGAAACUAAUGAAUUGUGAUCUGUUUCAUGGAGAGUGGAUUAGAGAUGACUCAUAUCCAUUGUAUAAGCCUGGUUCUUGUUCACUUGUUGAUGAACAAUUCAACUGUUUUCUUAAUGGUAGGCCUGAUAAAGGCUUUCAGCAAUUGAAGUGGAAGCCUAGAGAUUGCACUUUACCAAGGUUGGAUGGGAGUCAUAUGUUAGAAUUGCUGAGAGGAAAGCGAUUAGUUUUUGUGGGAGAUUCUCUCAACAGGAACAUGUGGGAGUCAUUAAUUUGUAUACUUAAAAACUCUGUCAAGGAUCAAACCAAAGUUUAUGAAGCAUCUGGCCGACACCAUUUUAGAUCAGAAGCUUCCUACUCAUUUAUCUUUAAGGAUUAUAAUUGCACGGUCGAAUUCUUUGUAUCUCCGUUUUUGGUUCAGGAGUGGGAGGUUCAGAAUAAUGGAUCAAACAAGGAAACUCUUCGACUUGACAAAAUCGGGACUUCUGCAGAUAAAUAUAAAAGUGCGGAUGUUUUGAUUUUUAAUACCGGACACUGGUGGACUCAUCCAAAGACUUCUCAAGGGAGAGACUAUUAUCAAGAAGGAACACAUAUCUACCAUGAAUUAAAUGUUAUCGAGGCAUUUCGGAAAGCUGUAACAACAUGGGCAAGAUGGGUGGAUGCCAAUGUAAAUCCCUCAAAGACCAUGGUAUUCUUUAGGGGAUAUUCAGCAUCUCAUUUCAAGGGAGGACAGUGGAACUCAGGCGGACAAUGUGACCAUGAAACCGAGCCAAUCAAGAACGAGACGUUCCUUGCUGCAUACCCUCCCAAGAUGAGAGUUCUGGAGAAAGUACUAAAAAAUAUGAAAACCAAAGUGUCUUUCUUAAACAUCACAAGGUUGACAGAUUACCGGAAGGAUGCUCAUCCAUCAUUAUACAGGAAGCAAAAAUAUUCAGUAGAGGAGAAGCAAACGCCACUAAAAUUCCAAGACUGCAGCCAUUGGUGCCUCCCUGGCGUGCCAGACGCCUGGAACGAGCUUCUCUAUGCAGAAAUACUAGUAAAAGAAUACGAGAAGCAACAAAAAGAACAUAAGAGGUAAACAAGCACAAUUGCUGCUUUGUUUAGUUGGAAAUGCAGAUUUCAUAGUGAUGUGCAUUAUAGUACAUUGUUUUCAUUUGUUCUUGGGAACAUUAAACAUAUACAAGCAUCCAGGAGAAGAUCCAAGAAAGGGUGUGUUUCUCUACACAAUAUUUAAUGUAUUUUCACACCAAAUUAUGAGGUAAAGAAGAGAGAUGGAAUGCUACAACAUUCUGUGUAUCAUGUAUAGUAGUACCAAGAGAGACAUUUGGCAACUGAAUUAAGUGUUAAAGUGCCUACAGAAACUUUCCAUUCUUAGCCAUCAAAGGCUUCAAUACUGUAAAUUUUAAAUAUAUUUACUGCAAUAUUAUACUC